AUGACCGACGACGGAGGGGACAGACAGCUGUUGAUUCUGUAUGCUACAGAGACAGGGACAGCCCAGGAAACAGCAGAUCGCAUUGCAAGGGAAUGUCGAAGAGCGUACUUCCAAUGCCGUGUCUGCAGUGUGGGGACAUACUCGCCCGAAGAUUUGAUCUCAGAGACUUUCGUUUUGUUCGUUGUUGCUACGACGGGGUCAGGUGCUGAACCUCGCGCAAUGACACCUCUGUGGAACCUGCUUCUCAGGUCGGAUCUACCUCGCGACCUGUUCGAGGACUUAGAUUUUUGUGUCUUUGGGCUGGGCGACUCGGCAUACGAGAGAUUUUGUUGGCCUGCAAAGAAGCUCUCUAGAAGACUGUUGGCUCUUGGAGCCCGCGAAGUCUGUCCAAGAGGUGAGGGCGACGACCAACACCGAUUGGGAUUGGACGGCGCACUAGAGCCAUGGAUAGAACAGCUAUUGGAAACGUUACUUCUUUUGUACCCCGAAGCUCGAGUCGUCGAAAAAAAUCGCACUCUCGGUAAACCUCCGCCCCACACUCUCGAACCUUUCGAGGCUAAUCGGAGCUACUUCGAUGUGGCAGUGCGGUGCAACCGUCGAAUCACGGCCGAAGGUUGGUUCCAGGAUGUACGCCAUUUCGAACUGGUUGCGGAUCGAGAUAUCAUGUAUGACCCUGGAGAUGUGGCCGUGAUCCAUCCCACUGCGAUGGACGCGGAAGUCGACAGUUUUAUGGUAAUGAUGGGUUGGGCGAACGUCGCUGAUUUUCAAGACCAAACACUACCCGACGGCGUACCGCGCAUUGCAACGCUUCGCAUUCUUUUCACUUACCACCUCGACUUCAAUGCCGUUCCGCGUCGAUCAUUUUUCCAGAUACUUCGCCAUUUCACAACAGACGACACUGAGCGCGAGAGACUGGACGAAUUCCUUUCCACUGAGGGUGCGGAUGAACUGUACGAGUACUGCCAACUCGUCAAACGCACCAUCCGCGAAAUCCUCUCUGAAUUCCGAUCAACGCGCAUACCACGAGACUACAUCUUUGAUGUCUUCCCUCCUCUCCGUCCUCGUCAAUUCUCGAUCGCAAGUUCUGUCAAACGUCACCCCCGUGAAAUCCACCUCUGCGUCGCAAUCGUGAAAUACCGUACGAAGCUCAAGAUACCCAGGAGAGGCGUCUGUUCAUCUUACCUCGCUGGCUUGAGACCUGGUGACAAAUUGCGGAUAACAGUAGAGAAAGGGCUCAUCAAGUUACCUGACGAUCCUCAUACACCUGUGAUUUGCGUUGGCCCCGGAACUGGCGUCGCCCCCAUGCGGGCGGUAAUAGAGGACCGCGCAGAUGCAGAAUCUAACGCCACGACACUUUACUUUGGCUGCCGUUCAACGUUCAAGGACCACCACUACGGCACUGAAUGGGAAACAUACGCGAAAAACAAACAGAUCAAGUACCGCGUCGCAUUCUCCCGGGACGGUCCCGAAGGAGCGAAAAGAAUAUAUGUCCAAGACCUCAUGCUUGAGGACAAAGAUACGGUUUGGAAUCUCCUCAAUCACCAAAGAGGGACUCUCAUCAUUUCUGGAUCAUCCAACAAGAUGCCUGCUGCUGUUCGCGGAGCCGUCGCCAACAUCGCAGAAGAUUGUGGAAAGAUGCCGAAAGACGACGCGCUCAAGUUCGUUAAUGAGAUGGAGCGGGAGGGAAGACUGAUCGAAGAAUGUUGGAGUUAA